AUGGAGGUUUCUCGCUGUGAAGGCCGUAGCGACCCCCCUGAGGAGUGGCUGUCGCCUCCGGCGGUGGUCCACUUCCGAGUGACGCGGUUCAUCAUGGAGGCGGGGGUCAAGCUGGGCAUGCAGUCCAUCCCCAUUGCCACAGCGUGUACCAUUUACCACAGGUUUUUCAGUGAGGCCGACCUGGACGUCUACGACCCCUACCUCGUCGCCAUGUCUGCCAUUUACUUGGCUGGUAAAGUGGAGGAGCAGCACCUGCGCAUGCGGGAUAUCAUCAACGUGUCCAACAGGUACUUACGCUCGGGCAGCGAGUCCCUGGAGCUGGACGCUCGUUACUGGGCGCUCCGCGACAGCAUCGUCCAGUGUGAGCUGCUCAUACUCCGGGUCCUGCGCUUCCAGGUCUCUUUCCAGCAUCCAUACAAGUACCUGCUCCACUACCUGAUCUCCCUCAAGAACUGGAUGAACCGGUACAGCUGGCAGCGCACCCCCAUCUCCGUGACCGCCUGGGCUCUGCUGCGGGACAGCUACCUUGGGGCGCUGUGCCUCCGCUUCCGGGCGCAGCACAUAGCAGUGGCCGUGCUCUACCUGGCCCUGCGGGUCUACGGCAUGGAGGUGCCAGCCGAUGACAAGGCUGAGAUGCCGUGGUGGCAGAUUUAUACCAUGGACACACAGAUCCCCUAG